UUCUUUGGAAGCGCAGCUGUGUGUGUGUGUGUGUUCUCACUUUACGGCACCUCGACGGGAAAAUAAACCAGCAAAGAGGAACAGAACAGAUCAUGGCUGACAUCUGCAGUACCCGCCCGGUUAAUGGCCAGCAGGAUGACGAUGGUCCGGAAGAAAAAGCCAGAAAGUUAGAGGAGGCCAAUAAAGAGCUGGAAACAUGGAAGAUUAAAGCAGAGAAAGCCGAUGAUUUAAAAGCCAGGCUGAUCUUGGAAAAACUGGAGGAAGAUGAAGCCAAGGGGAAUGCCCAGCAGGAAAUGUUGGCUUACCUUAAAAGGCAAGAGGAGUGUCAGAAGGAGUUCACUCAGAGCAGGAGCGCAGUGCAGGAGGAAAUCCUGCAGCUUGGUGCACGCAGACGGGAUCUUCUUGACAAACUGAAGAGAUGUCAAGCUGGGUUGGAGGCUAAGAGGGCCGAGUCCAAAAAACUGAAGCAGAAAUUCAAGGUCUACGCCCAGAUUCCAGACACAGAGGUAGAGUUCAGGGCUCAGAGUAAAGAGGAGAAGGACGACAACAGUGAGUUAAUCAGAGGAGUGUUUGCCAUCAGCCAGAGACCCAAUGUGCUGCUGCAGGGAGGACAGGCACUCAUCACCUUCGAAGAAGAGAAAGUGGCCUUUCAGAUCCUGAAGAUUGCCAAGUGCUCUGUCUCCUGUGACAACAUCAGUUUUGAUGUGAAACCAAAAAGAAUAAGCAUGGAUCCUGCUGUUAAGUUUGAGGUCCACCUCGACGUCUCCAGAAAGAAGCUCAAGGUUUCCAACAUCCCCCCUUCCAUGCCAGAGGAGAGAAUAAAGGACCGACUGGAGAUUAGUUUCUCCAGGCCCAGCAGAGGAGGAGGAGAGGUAGAAGCUGUGGAGUACGACAGGAACAAUAGGAACGGAGAGAUCACCUUCCUCCACCCUGGAGUUGCUGAGAGCCUGGCCCUGAGAGAGAGGUACCGCGUGGAUCUGGACUCUGAAGUGAACGUGCAGGUUGGACCCAUUUACAGUUACCAGCUGUGCAAGUUCCAGACCUUCUGUGGCUUGCCGAAGCGUACCAUCCUCCUCGAUGGCAUCCAGGACAAGGGGGACGAGGAGGACCUGCAGGACUACCUGGAGAUCCACUUCCAGAAGCCCAGCAACUACGGCGGUGAGAUCGAGAGCAUCCGGUACAUCUCCAUGAGGAAGACUCUGCAGGCCUUUUUCUGUGAGGACUCAACUCCUACAGCUUCAACAUGAGCUCCUCCUCAUUCAUUGUCUGCCUCCUUUGAUCGAUUGAAUUAGAAAAUCUUAUCUGUAAUAUAUGAAUAUGAUAUGGAAAUUUCAUUUAUUUGCUGUCCAGGUGAGAAUAAGAUGAUAAGAUUUCGGUGAUAUUAUGGUCAAGCCACUUAACAAUGAUCUUUAUGCUUUUGCUGACACAUAUAUGUAUAGGACUGUAUCAACAUGGGGACACCAGUAUGUAGACAGGCUAACAGCCUCACAACCACUGGGAGCACAUAUUUCACUGGGAAAAUGGUGUUGGGUUUGAUGUUACAGUUCAUUAGAAACCUGUUAAUUCUCUUCCCUUAGGUGUUCACAAGUGCACAAACACGAGCUGAAGAAUAAAUGAUUGUCUCACUGACUGUCCCACUGAGUAUUAUUAGUGACACUGGACUUCCUGUCCUCCUGUUUUAGGCCAGUACUCCACAUGGUUUAAGCCUGUCGUUCUGUCUGUCUCUCUCUUCUGCGCUCAUUAAACGAUCUGAAUGCUGAAUC